AUGUUGCGAUUAAAUAAUGCAAGACUUUUUUUCAAAAGUAAAAUUCGAUUAAGUGGUGGCAAGCAACACCCCAAAUGGGUUGUAAAGGAUAAAGAGAAAUAUAAUAUAUAUACCUAUGAUAAUUCAUACUAUGGAGAAAACUUCAGAUAUAACAAUUUUAUAUUACAUUUAAGAUCAUACAAAUACUAUAUUGACUAUAUAGUAGAAAAUGUGUACAGAUCUGUUAAAAAUUGUGGGAAAUGUUUCUUUAAUCCUAUAAAAAAUAUUAUAUUAAAACAUAAUCCAGAUGUCCGUUAUCAGUUAGUAGCCCUUAUGGCCUUUUUGGGAACAACGUCAGCCAUAACAUGUUACCACAAUUACACCUACCAAAAUAUUAUUGAUGUAACAAAUAUGUUAGAGUUAGGAGUGGUAGAUGAUAUGAAAGACAAUAACUUUUUUGACACGCAAAGUGAAAUUCAGAACAAAAACAUAGAUGAUUAUAGUAAGGAUUAUGAGAGAUUAUCAGACUUAUGGAAAAGGGCACUCGAAGACGCAACACAGAAGAAUAGCUUCGAUAAAUUAUGCAGUUAUUUGGCUAUAAAAGAUGAUGAACCCAUAGUUACCUUUAAGCCCAAGCAUAUCUGGAGAUAUAACAUGAUUCCCUAUGGAGAAAAUAACCCAGACACAAAGACAUUUGCAAUUCCAUCGUAUGAAAAACCAUUUAGAUCGUUUGCAUUAAAUUUCACAUAUAAUAAUUUGUCAGGAAAUUGGGGAGAUUACAUUGACAGACGGGAUAAUAAGGGUUCUUUACUAAGACCAUCAAGAUACAUGUUCACUGAUGUAAUAAUACCAGCAACAAAAUAA